AUGUCUGAAUUCAGACUGGCGGACGAGGCGGCGGAGGAGAUUCUCGCGUUCCUGGGCCUCACCUACGAGAUCGACUUGUGGAGCCAUGAAGUCCCCACGUCUCUCAUUCACCUCAGCGAGUGCGAUCAGGACGUCUUGUCCGAGCUCUACGUUUCUUACUUGAUGCCAACCGCUCGUUCAAUCUGGUGGCAACCCAACUACUAUGGCAUCAAGGAAAGGCUGAUGGUCGACCAGAAGGAAAAGCGCGCCACUACGAAAAAGAAUGGCGUAGUUGAGAGAAAAGACGUCGUUACGAAAAGACUUCUAGGCAAGAAGUACCCUCUCUUGGAGAACAAGGCCUGGAGACAAUGCCAUGCCAAAGCGAGCAAGGUCCUUCGAAUUUGGCGCAAAGAUCUCUCGCGUCUCUUCCCCGAGCUUCGACCCGACGACUAUGUGCCAGAAGACGAGCUUGCUGACGAGUCUGCUGACGAGCUUGCCGGCGAAGAUGAAAUCACAAUUUCAAUGAGUAACCGCGGUAGCAAGCGGAAGGCAGAGGCCGCCGCAGAACCCAAGCCGAAGAAGCUCAAGACAAUCGCGGCUGCUCCUCCUAAAAGCCCCCACGAAUCCAAACCAGUAUGGCAGACUUCCACGCCCUCUCAACGUUGCGCCAUCUCUUUUCUCAUCACGCCCCCUCAGAGCGGUGGGAACAGCCCAGUCCUCGGCGAUCUCGACGAUUUCGACGACACCGACGACCAAGCCCCCCUCCCAAUGGGCAGACGACGAGGCUGUCCGGUCCGCACUCUCGAAAGAACACCGCCUCCUAUCUCCUGCCCUCCGCCCUCCGCUGCCUUACCUAUUCGCGCUAUGUUUUCCAAACCUGGAGCGGCACUCAAGCAGGAACCCGAUACCAGCGAGGAUGAAGAUGAGGAUAUCUUACCAAUGGGAAGACGACGAGGCCGACCGAUUCGCACUCUUGAGAGAACCACGCCCGCCAUCUCCUGCCCUCUGACCACCACCGAUCUUCCCAUACGCGCGAUCUCGUCGAAGCCAGUGGAGGCACCCAAGAAACAGGAUCCUACGAAGCCCGACGACGAAAUCGAGUUCGUUAGCAAAGCCGUUUACGAGGCCGUCGUUGCAGGACGCCAAAAGACGGAGCGAAAGAUCAAGAAACUGGGCAAGAAGAUUAAGAGCCUGAGCAAGAUGAUUGAGAAGCUGAACGAGGACAUCCAAGCUUGA